UUCUUUUGACUGCUGACACUGUACCUUUCUCUGCAUAGAAAUCAAAUCCAUGAUCAAACCCAUGAUCUUAUCACUAUCUCCAUUCUGAACCAAACCCAUGAUCAAAACUCAGUUCUCUCUCUACUCGAAACAGAGAGAUAGAGCCAUGCACAAGUACUGUAAGCUAUGGAGGAUCACUUCACUGAUUUUGUUCAUGGUAAUAAAUAUGGUGGUGGGUAGUGAUCACAUACCCACAACUCUAGAAGGCCCAUUUAAGCCUGCAACUCGGCGCUUCGACCCAUCACUCAGAAGAGGCAGCGAUGACUUGCCCAUGGACCAUCCCAGGCUCAAGAAGAAUGUCACCCUCAAUUUCCCUGAACAAAUAUCUCUUGCAAUAUCUUCACCUACUGCAAUGUGGGUUUCUUGGGUUACUGGGGAUGCCCAGAUUGGGAAAAAUGUGACACCACUUGAUCCUUCAAAGGUUGGGAGUGAGGUGUGGUAUGGCAAAGAGAGUGGCAAGUAUAAUAGUGUCAAGAAAGGGGUUGCUGUGGUUUACAGUCAAUUGUACCCAUUUCAAGGCCUCUUGAAUUACACUUCUGGCAUCAUUCAUCAUGUCAGGAUUGAUGGUCUUAAACCAGGAACAAAAUAUUAUUACAAGUGUGGGGAUAGCUCUAUCCCUGCCAUGAGUGAAGAGCAGGCCUUUGAAACUUUACCAUUGCCUAGCCCAAACACAUAUCCUCGUCGAAUAGCUGUUAUUGGAGAUUUAGGUCUCACAAGCAAUACCACUACAACUGUUGACCAUUUGAUUCAGAAUGAUCCUUCAAUGAUUGUAAUGGUUGGAGACUUAAGUUAUGCAAAUCAGUACCUUACAACUGGUGGUAAAGGAGCUUCAUGCUUUUCAUGUGCAUUCCCAGAUGCACCUAUCAGAGAAACAUACCAACCCCGCUGGGAUGGGUGGGGAAGAUUCAUGCAGCCAUUAACCUCACGAGUUCCAAUGAUGGUUAUUGAGGGAAACCAUGAGAUUGAGCCCCAAGUUGCUGGAAUCACUUUCUCAUCCUAUUUGGCAAGGUUUGCAGUUCCAUCCGAGGAAUCUGGCUCUAAAACCAACUUCUACUACUCUUUUGAUGCUGGAGGAGUGCAUUUCAUCAUGUUGGGAGCAUAUGUUGAUUACAAUGCUACAGGUUCACAGUAUGCUUGGCUUAAAGACGAUCUACACCGAGUAGACCGGUCGGUGACCCCAUGGCUGGUAGCUGCAUGGCAUUCACCUUGGUAUAAUAGCUACUCUUCUCAUUAUCAGGAAUUCGAGUGCAUGAGACAGGAAAUGGAAGAACUUCUUUAUCAAUAUGGUGUUGAUAUUGUUUUCUCCGGUCAUGUGCAUGCUUAUGAGCGGAUGAAUAGAGUAUAUAACUAUACGUUAGAUCCAUGUGGACCUGUUUAUAUAACAGUUGGAGAUGGUGGCAAUAUUGAGAAAGUUGAUGUUGAUUUUGCUGAUGACCCUGGAAUGUGUCCUUCAGCUGGAGACAACAUACCUGAAUUUGGAGGGGUAUGUCAUCUGAACUUUUCUUCUGGGCCUGCUAAAGGGAAAUUUUGUUGGAAUGAACAGCCAGAGUGGAGUGCUUUUAGAGAAAGCAGCUUUGGUCAUGGAAUACUUGAGGUUUUGAAUUCUACAUAUGCUCUAUGGACUUGGCACAGGAAUCAAGAUACUUAUAAGGAAGAUAGCCACGGCGAUCAAAUCUACAUUGUUCGACAACCUGAAUUGUGCACUCCAGAUUUAAAUCCGUCAGUGGUGCAGUCUCUGCCCUCAAUCUCUGCUCCUGCAUCCCACUCUCUGGUGCUUGCUCUCUUCCUGACACUCUUGGGGAUAUUCUCAGUCCUCUCCUAUUCCAAGUAGUCUCUUCUGCUCUGCAACUGUGCCUCUGUGCUUCUUCAGCUCACCUGUGAAAUAUUAAUACUAUGUACUUAUCUCAUCAAUUGCUUGAACAUAUAUACACACUAAAAUUGGAAACUUUUCUUUCCUAGCUUAACUAGGCAAUGUUUCGUGACAGCUGCAGAAGCUUCUCUGACUUUCCUUCAAUUUACGGGUUAUGUACUCCAAAGAU